GCCGGCGCCGGCCGCCUCUCUGUUCCCUCCUAGACACCUCCGCCUCGUCGUCCCAACCCCGCCUCUCACCAAACCAUUCUUCCUUGAUGUCCUCGUCUCAAUCUCUCAUCCUCCUUCUCACUUCCCCUCUCCCCCCGCCUCCUCGUGUCGUCGCCGCCAUCCCACCAUCCUCGCGCCCCACCACCGCUAGCCGCUUCCGCCACCUCCCGCGCCUCACCGCCAAUCUCCGCCUUCCGCCGCUCGCGACCUCCGGUUCCGGCGGAUUCGGAGAUGGCAAUUUCCAUGGUGGGGGUGGGGGUGGCGGAGGAGGAGGGGGUUGGUGGCAAGGCGGGAGAGGAGACCCUCCCGACAAGCCCGGAGACGGGUGGCGACGGUGGCUUCAGUCCCUCCAUCCCGAGCUCUUCCUCUUGUUCUUGCUCCUCCAGUCCGACGCCUUCGCUUCCAUCCCAUCCGCCCUCGCGGAUGCCCUCGGAGCAACCGGCGGUGGCGUCUGGGAGGUGAGGGGCAGUGCGCGUACGCUGCUCGUACCCAACCCGACCGGAACUUCAUACCUCGUUGCGGGAGACGAUAAGCGGAAGCAAGAAGAGGGGAUUGAAAAGACGGGGGCCGGCCCUGCUAAUUUUGCCGAACUGCGGAGGCAACUUGAACGGUCAUGGCGGCGAUGCACAGAUGUUGCUCUUCAGUUGCUGCUGCCUGAUGGAUACCCGCACAGCGUGAGCAGCGACUACCUGCACUACUCGCUGUGGCGGGGCGUGCAAGGUGUUGCUAGCCAGAUCAGCGGCGUGCUCUCUACGCAGGCGUUGCUGUAUGCAGUUGGUUUGGGUAAAGGAGCGAUUCCUACGGCCGCCGCAGUGAAUUGGGUGCUGAAAGAUGGGCUUGGCUACUUGAGCAAGAUACUGUUGUCGAAAUUUGGGCGACAUUUUGAUGUGAACCCCAAGGGAUGGCGGCUGUUUGCAGAUCUUCUGGAAAACACAGCUUAUGGGCUGGAGAUUUUGACUCCGGUGUUUCCUCACCUGUUUGUUCCCAUUGGUGCAGCCGCUGGAGCUGGCCGAUCAGCAGCUGCUCUGAUACAGGCUGCCACAAGAAGUUGUUUCUUUGCUGGCUUUGCUGUCCAGAGAAACUUUGCUGAGGUCAUUGCAAAGGGUGAAGCUCAGGGAAUGGUUAGCAAGUUUGUUGGCAUAAUGCUUGGGAUAGCCUUAGCUAACCAAAUUGGCUCAUCAGUACCACUGGCUCUUAUUUCAUUUGCUGGUGUUACUGUAGUUCACAUGUAUUGCAACCUUAAGUCUUAUCAAUCAAUUCAGCUGAGGACACUGAAUCCUUACCGUGCAAGUUUGGUAUUUAGUGAAUAUUUAUUAAGUGGACAAGUUCCUUCAGUCAAAGAGGUUAACGAUGAGGAGCCGCUUUUUCCGAAUUCAUCAAUGGGUGCUCAACUUAAACAAAGUGAGAUUUUGUCAGCAGAAGCAAAAGAUGCUGCAGAUACAAUCUAUCGACGGUUACAAUUGGGUUCUAAGCUUAGUGAAAUAAUUGAGAACAAGGAAGAUGCAUAUGCACUGUUUGAUUUGUACAAAAACGAGCAAUACCUUCUUACUGAUUACAAGGGGAAAUUUUGUGUUGUUCUUAAAGAAGGAUCUUCCCCAGAAGACAUGCUCAAAUCUGUAUUCCAUGUUAACUAUCUGUACUGGUUAGAGAAAUAUAUGGGUUUCAAACCAUUCAAUGUUGCCUCCGAGUGUAGACCAGGUGGAAGGCUUGAAGCAUCACUGGAUUAUGUUCAGAGGGAGUUUAGACAUGUCAAGCAUGAUGGUUCAAAUGGUGGCUGGGUGAUGGAUGGUCUGAUUGCUAGACCCUUGCCUGUAAGAAUACGUGUUGGUGAUGUUCUUUGAUAGGAAUCUUCGAUUCAUUUUGCCCACAGCUACGCUUAUUAGAAUUGUACAGCCUCUUAUUCUUUGAUCAAUUUAGGGAUACAAGGUUAUUGCAAAGCUGAUUGAUUCUUCCAUUUUAUUGGGCAAGUGAAUGAACUAGUAGUCGGCAAUCUGAGUGGCCAGAAUAAGCUGCAAAGUUCAUUACCUGGUUGCUAUCAUAAGGCUGUAGCUGGCUAUAUCUUUGGUCUCGUUUCUCCCAAGAUUUUUGUUGUUGUUGUUUUUUGACUUUUGAAGCUUGUAGUGGCUGGUCACAAAAAUAAGAGCACUUCUCUGGCAAUUAUAGAGAUUGAGAUUGUUAAUAGAGGAUUGUGCUUGAGACAGAUCUUAGUGGUAGUUGGCUAGUUGUGUAUAAUAAAACAUGUAUCACAUCAUUAUUGUUAUUUUCUCUUGGCAUUGGUUGUCACUUCCUUGAUGCAAAGCUUACUAUGGGAUUUCAAAGUA